AACCAUUGUGGUCUCAGUGGGAGUAUUUGUUCUAACUGUUCGGUGAUAGAAAAAAAGAUUUACGAAAGGUAUGGAUAUAAAUACAUAUAUAUUAUUGAUGGCGUUGACCUAUCAGGCCUACAACACUUGAAAAGACUGGAAACACUUGACAUGUCGUUUAAUCACAUUACAGGGGUUGCAAACUUUUCACUUUCAUCUCCACUCAGAAGUCUCAAAACCUUAGUGUUGUCUCACAAUAAUAUUUCAAUCAUUGCGGACUAUUCUUUCGUUGAAUUUCCUUGUUUGACUCUAUUGAAUCUAUCCCACAAUGUGUUGGAGACCCUAAGCGAAGCCUCUUUUCAAGAAGUGGACUUGGAAAUACUGGACCUGAGUUGGAACAUGUUGACUUCACUUCCGGAAACUAUCUUCCUAAAUAUGUCGAAGCUACGUGAUGUUAAGUUUGCCUACAAUCUACUCCAGUUUUUACCACCUUUAACAUGGAAACCAUUAAGCGAUAUGGUAGUUCUCCAUCUCGAAGAAAACUACUUUAUCUGUGACUGUCACAUCCAGUGGUUAGCCAAUAAUACCACUCCUCUUGGAAACAUCCAUGGUUGGUGUAGCUCUCCCAAGAAGUACAAGGACAAGAAGUUGACACACGUUGCUAGGAUCCUGGACUGUUAAUUGAUGAUGAAGUGAGAAGGUCAUGCUGAAUGUCUUUAUAGUGUGAUUUGUUUUUAUCAAGGAAAUUCACUAAUAUUUCGUAAAUGUUUGAAACAUUUAGUGAACUUUAUUUCUCUUUACGCCCAUUAAUGUUUUUUAUCAUUUAUUAUUAAUUAAAGAUCUUUCUCUUAGAUAUUAUCUAAUACAUCAGAUAUAAUAAUUUUAACAAUAGCCUUUUAAAAUUACAAAUUGUAGAAUAAAUAAAAGCUAAAGUAAUAUAUGCCAGAUCAAACUUUUUUAUUUUUUCAAUAUCUUCUUUUACCUCUUCUACAUUCAGUAACCAAGACUCACUAAUUCAACAUACUGCUACUGAGCCACAUAACUUCUACAUUCAGUAACCAAGAGUCACUAAUUCAACAUACUACUACUGAUCUACAUAACUUCUACAUUUAGUAACCAAGAGUCACUAAUUCAACAUACUACUACUGAUCCACAUAAAUUCUACAUUCAGGAAACAUGACUCACUAAUUCAACAUACUACUACUGAUCCACAUAACUUCUACAUUCACUAACCAAGAGUCACUAAUUCAACAUACUACUACUGAUCUAUAUAACCUCUACAUUAACUAAGACUCGCUAAUUCAACAUUCUACUACUGAUCUAUAUAACCUCUACAUUCUGUAAACAAAACUCACUAAUUCAACAUACUACUACUGAUCCACAUAACUUCUACAUUCAGUAAACAAGACUCACUAGUUCAACAUACUACUAUUGAUCCACAUAACUUCUACAUUCACUAACCAAGACUCACUAGUUCAACAUACUACUAUUUGAUCCACAUAACUUCUACAUUCACUAACCAAGACUCACUAAUUCAACAUACUACUACUGAUCUACAUAACUUCUACAUUCAGUAACUAAGACUCACUAAUUCAACAUACUACUACUGAUCCACAUAACUUCUACAUUCAGUAACCAAGUCUCACUAAUUCAACAUACUACUACUGAUCCACAUAACUUCUACAUUCAGUAACUGAGACUCACUAAUUCAACAUAUCAUUAUUAAGACACAAGAAUUGAACAAACUCUUACUAUGAACCCUAUUCAACAAUUCAAUACCCUUCCUACGGUAAGGAGCCCUAGACUGAACACAAUACUCAAAAUGUAGCCUAACAGUGGCCUAUACAAUGAAAUGAUAACCUUUUUAGACUUGUAUUCAAAAUAUUUCAAUA